CCGGGGCGGGGAUGGCCGGGGCCGCCCCCGUUGCCCUGCGGCGCCUUAAUAGCGGCCCCGGCGACCCCCGCGCUGCCCGCCGCGAUGCUGCCCGCCCACCGCCGAGGCCGCCCGGGGCCCGCGGGCCGCGCCCUGCGGGGCGGCCUCGCCUUCUACGUGCUGUGGGCUCUGCGGGAGCCGCCGCGGCGCCUCGGCAGCCAGUCCAGAAAGACGGGUUUCCAGGCUUGGCUGCCCCUGCCUUUGCCAAAGCAGCUGGUGGUGUUCAGCCUGGGAGACUGGAGCUGUUACUCUCCAGACACGAGCAUCACAGUGGAAGUGCUGGUGUCCCCAGGUGUCGCACCACAGCGCAUUGGCACGCUGGAGCCCACACGCAGGUUAUGGCAGGAGCUGCUAGGAUGUCAGGAAGGGCAUGCUGGAAAAGCUUUCUGAUCUCUGGUGCUGCCUGCUUCUACUGGUCUCUGGUGUGGGAAGAUGACUGGAGAAUGGAUAUUUUCAUGGCCUCAUUGAAAGAGAUGGACAAAGGCAACCCUGUGAGGCUUGUCCUGACUGUCAAUGGACAGCUGCUCCGAGGUGUCUCCAGCAGUACACCUGCUCACCCCUUCCUUGUCCCAGAGACUACCCAGUCACCAGUGUUUCCAGCAGAUGAUAGACCUGUUGGCCAGGAUCUGGAGGAUCCUAUUGAGGUUAAGAGCCAGCGCUCAGAGGUGGCUGCUAGAGGAUCCAGGCCUGGGAGGAAGGAUGUCCAUGCACCACUGAGGGCCCUGGUAGUGCCCUAUGCCCUGAAGCCACCAUCUGGCAAGGUGAAAUCCAAUGAGACCUGGAGAAAUAGUCCUGUCCAAGGACCACCAAGAGUCCACUCCAAGAAGCCCAGGAAAGUUUUAUUUGAACCCACAGCAUCUGAGAGAGAUCUUGAUGAAGAAGGCCAUCUCUGUGUUCCCUCUGCAGAUCUGGCUGUGAAGGAGUUGCAAGGCAGUCCCAGCCCUCGGUGGUGCCAUGCCAUGUGCCUCAGUGACCUGGGGACAGCUGUUCUGAUUGGUGGAGAAGGUGUCGAUCAGCAGUCCUGCAAGGAUGUGCUCUGGAAGCUGGAAAUUGACAGUGAUUUGUGGCUUCCAGUGGGUUUCCAGCUACAAAACACCAUGCCAUCAUGCUUGCAUGGUCACACAGCUACCUAUGACCCUGACACCAAGCGUAUCUACAUCUUUGGGGGCAUAAGGGAGGACAAAGACUACAGCAGCAUUUACAUUCUGGACACGGUCACCUGGAAAUGGCUCCUCGUGGCUGCUAAAGGGAGGAUACCAGUGCUCACCUACCACAGUGCAACAAUCUACCAAAAGGAACUCUUUGUUUUUGGAGGAACUUUCCCCAAAAAGGCAUCACUGGCAGUUGGACCCUGCAGCAAUGUGCUCUAUGUCUUCAAUCCAGAGCAUGAAAUUUGGUAUCAGCCCAUCUCAGAAGGGGAGAAGCCUCUGCCUAGGUUUGGGCAUUCAGCUACUCUACUGAAAAACAAGCUGCUGAUUUUUGGGGGUCGGAGGACUUCUCUUUACCUCAGUGACAUGCACAUUCUGGAUCUGGGUUUCAUGGAGUACACACCAGUCCGCCUACUCGCAGGACAGCCUUCUGCACGUUGUUUCCAUGCAGCUCUGGCUGUUUCAGACCAGAAGGUUCUGAUCAGUGGAGGCUGCAAUGCCAUGGGAGCCCUGCAUGAUGCCUUUGUCUUCCACCUAGAUACUCUUUCAUGGAGCACAGUGAUCCACCAUGAUCUCUGCUCUGUGCCUCGAGCUGGCCACACAUUGCUUGACCUGACUCCCACCCACCUGAUAGAUGUGGACAAGAAGAAAGAGGAGCACAGCCUGCACACGGUGUUGGUCUUUGGGGGCUCCAACUGUGCAGGAACCUUUUACAACAGCACAGUCAAGAUCAAGCUGGACCUAGGAUAAUGCAGAAUACUCAGAAUGAGCCUGAACAGCAAGGGCUUUUCACCAGCCUAAAUGCAGACAUGGAUGGCAAUAAAUGAGCCCAAGCAAUGUUGUGGUCCAAGUAUCUGUAUGUAGGUGAAUGCCACCUUGGCACAAGAGACUGGAGGUUUGUAACAUCUUUCCGAAGGCUGUGGGUAUUGUUCUCUUAGGGUAGCUGAUAUACAGUAUCAGACUGGCAGAAAUUCCAUCCCCUAUGGAUGUCUUGGUACUUGGGCUCGGGUGCCAAAACAUUCAGUGAGAUCUGAUCUAAGCCUCCACAGGAACACAGACACAAAGAUCUGGUUUUCCCUUCUUGCCCUACAGGUUUUUGGGCUGGACUGGAGUGCUUUCAACUCUGAAGGUGACUCAGGUGUUUAGUUUCAUUUGGGAUGAGUGGAAUGGGAUUUACUCCUGCCACUUGGAAAGUCUUCAUAGUGAAAGUAUGAUUCUGGUUUCAAGGGAACCUGAGUGGGAUUCCCUUAGGCAAUAGUCUGCAGCUGAAAACUAGGAAAACACCUGGAACAGUGUUUGAGGGAAAAGGAAUGUAAUUUUCAGUGUAUGGGAGAAAGCUGUUUGUGCCUUGCUGACUAUGGCACAAUCAUUUAGUGUUGCUCUAGACAGACCUUUAUGAUAAAUUCUGUGCGACUGCUGCUAUAAGGAAUAGGUACAAGUCCUCUCUCCCAGGUAGUAAUUCUCUUAUGUGCAAGGGGUGGCAGAGUUGCUGACUUAGCUCUUUCAAGAUCCAUGAGACCCAACAAAGGUUAGGAUUAAGCUGUCUUCCAUCAGAGACUCUUACUGUUUAUAUCCAUGGCACUGAUGACUAUGCCAUAGCUCUGAGGCAGCUCCAAGGACAAGCACAGUGUAUACACUGAUUCCUUGAUGCUCUGUCUGUAGAUGGUAGAAAGAAGCUGCACCUAUGGGGAGUCCAGAAUUGGCUCAAUGCCUCACAGUUGUUUGUGGCCACAUUCCCCAACCCAAAGCCAUACAAAGGGAACUUAUGAUAAUUAUGGAUGCUUCUGCUUUAAUCUGCUUCAUGGAGAUAGAUUAGAUAGAAAAAACUAGUAGCUGUAAGCAUUCCAGCACAGGCAUGCUCCUCUUAGUUAUCCAGGCUCCUUGGAGGUCCUCUGUCCUUCUUCCCACCCAGAUGAAUGGGAGACAAUAGUACUAGGGCUUCCCGCUGGCACUGAAGUCCUACUCAGACUGUAGGUGUUGUCUUCUUUGUCACUCCAGCUGACUAGAUUUAAUGAGUAGAAGGGCUUCAAGCUCGCAGCUCUGCAGGGGUAUCUGGCUGCCGGCAUGGAUGGCUUACUUUGAAGGCCUCUAACUCCAAGAGUGCUUUAUUUAUUCUGGUUAUUGUGGGAUAUGGACCCAUGUCCACUUUGAAUCUGCAAAAGGAAAAGAAUUGAUGAAGUACUAAGAGUUGGACAGCCAGUACAGCAGUGAGCACAAGGACAGAGCAGUAUGCUAUGCCUGCCCAGUAUGGGAGAAUCUCACAGUCAUUUACAAUAACAAUAAAGAUUUGUCCUCGUAGGUUUAAAAUGCUAGAAAGGUUAAUUAGUUCCUGGAGAGGCUGUGAAGUCUCCUUCUCUAGAGAUACUCAAAACCUACCUGGAUGCAAUCCUGUGCCACUUACUCUAGGUGAACUUGCUUUAGCAGGCGAGUUGUUGGACUAGAUGACCUCCAGAAUUCCCUUCCAACCCCAACGAUUCUGUGAUUCUGUGAUCUUUACCAGGCUUUUAUAUAAUGUGCAGCACAGGUAAGGAGGCACUCUGCUUUUCCUGGGAAUCAUGCAGCUAUUACUUGUAUGUGUUUAAUGCUUUAAAUAAAUAUAGAUGAAUCUUUUCCUCCUGUGUGCUGUCUAAAUAUAAGGCAAACA